AUGUCGUCUCGAUAUGCCCAAACCCCGAGUCAGCAGCAACGCCCCGCUAACAGUGAUUCCGGCUACGGUGGAUCUGUUGAGGAUGGCGACCGCGAGUUUUCGGUUUCAGUGCUUCCUGGACAAUCAUCGGAUCCCGAAAGAAGACAAUGGGCAAGUCAUGUCCACCAAUUAUACUUCAACCAAAAUCGUGUUGCUCUUGGACGAUGGAUCAGCCGAACUGUCGAGACACUGAAGAACUUCCAAACUGCGAAUAGCAAAUGGCCCGCCACUUACCCAGCAGUGCAGCGUGCAGAGGCACUCUCUGAAGAGGCCGAAACCUCCGAGCAACCCCGUCUUGUUACACCACAAAUUGCGCAGGAAUUUAACGUCCUCAAGCUUGAUCUAAAACUUGGUGCUCUCUCGCCCUCCGAACUUGUACACUCUCUCGAGAAGUCAUCUAUCGCCUCGUUACUGGAUGGAAAGAUUGGGCAGUCCGUAAAGCACUUGAUGCUCCUCCGGGAUCGUAUUGAGGAUACCUCUUCAAAGGUCUUGGUUACUGGUGAUCUCAACGCUGGAAAAUCGACUUUCUGUAACGCCCUUCUCCGUAAGAAGGUACUCCCUGAAGAUCAACAACCAUGCACCAGUAUCUUCUGUGAAGUACUCGAUGCCCGCGAAAACUCAUCGGUUGAGGAGGUUCAUGCUAUUCCCAUCAAUGGUGCUCUCUACAAUCGACAUGAUAGCAGCACAUACCAUGUCUAUUCCCUCGACCAGUUGGAAGAGAUUGUUGUAGAGAACGAUGUGUACUGCCAGGUUAAGAUUUAUGUUGAAGAUGUCCGGGCAAUCGACGAGUCUCUCCUGCGUAAUGGGGUCGUUGAUAUUGCAAUUAUUGAUGCACCAGGUCUUAACCUUGAUUCUAUUAAGACUACAGCUGUUUUUGCACGACAAGAGGAAAUCGAUGUUGUCGUCUUUGUUGUCAGCGCCGAAAACCACUUUACUCUGUCAGCAAAGGAAUUCAUCCAGGCUGCUGCUAACGAGAAAGCAUACAUCUUUAUCGUUGUUAAUCGAUUCGACAACAUCAGGGACAAGGCCAGAUGUCAGAGACUUAUCCUCGAACAAGUUGCCCAGCUAUCACCCAGAACUCACCAAGAUGCCAAGGAGCUCGUGCACUUUGUAUCGUCAAAUGCUGUUAUUGAAGGGAAGGAUGGUGCUAAGUUGAAGGAGUUUGACGAGCUGGAGCAGAGCUUGAGGAGGUUUGUGCUAGAGAAGAGGGCGAGGAGUAAGUUGGCACCAGCCAAGCAUUACUUGUUGAACGUUCUUGGCGAUUUGGAGACUUUAGCAGAAGUAAACAUCAACGUUACCUCAGCGGAACUUGAGAAAGUUCGAGACGAAUUGUCGACAAUCACACCUGAAUUCCAGAAAUCCGUCCAAGCACGUACUGCUGUUUCGGAUAACGUUGAAGUCACUAUUGAUGAGACAUGUGACAACGUCUAUGGAUUCUCACGCAAGAACAUUUCCGCCACAAUUGCCCACAUCGACGACAAGGCUAUUGUUGAAUACGAUGGAGUUCUUUCGGCGUUUGCUUACGCAGAGAAGACAAAGGAGGCUAUGCUACAAAAGAUUCAAAAGUCAGUUACGAUUUGCGAAGAAUACGCCAGAAAUCAGACUGUGGGAGGUAUCAACUCAAUGAAGGCCCUCGGAAUCAUGCACCUCGGGGACGAAUAUGUUGAGAAGGCUUUCCGCAAGGAGUUGAUGUUUUCCCGCAAGAGGCACCAAUUGAGCAAGACCAUUCAAACCGAGAUCAACAUUUUUGAUUUCUUCGACUUUGACAAGCAGGAGAAAGUUGCCGGUAUGAGCAUGGGUCUCACUGUUGCCACUAUGGCUGGAGGGCAGCUCUUCGGCGUGAGCAGCUGGAUCGACGGAUUGUGGAAGGCCACUAGCAUGCUCGGCCCUCGCACUACCCGUAAACUGAUAGUUCCCGCUCUUCUUGUUGCUGGCGCCGCCGGUGCCUGGUUCUUGAUCGCCGAUAUUCCGAACGCUGUCCCCCGAAAGCUUGCUAAGAAGAUUCGCAAGGAGCUGGAAGCCAUUGAUUACAUCCACGCCAACUCUGAGAGAAUUAUGAAGGAAUGCAGAAAGGUUCUUGGAUUCCCCGCCGAGGAACUCAGGGGAGCUUUCCAGAGAAGUAUUGAGAAGCAGGGCAGGACAGUAGAAGAGAAGAAGAAGCUUGAGAAGGAGAGUGAGGUGGCUGUCAAAUACUUUGGCAAUCUUCUGAGGGAGGCCCGUGAGCACAAGGGAGGUGUGAUGAAACUUGAGUUGGAGGGACCACCAUCAGGUACUACUGCUUAA